AUGAGUUUGUCGUUUGACUGUAUGGAACCGGGGCCCAACAAAACGGAGAGCCUGGCUCGCGCGGUGGAUCAUUAUAUGAAUUUGGGCUGGAUGGAAGACUUGGUGCAGCGGGGUGAGUGGAAUAUCGGCUGGAGGAUGCCUCAUCCCCGGGGCCUCAAGGGCUGUGCCUUCUUUGCCUCUUCGGAAGUGAAGACCCUCACAGGCAUCAGCAUUUGCCGCGAUCGCAGCGAGUUUGACGAUUUCCGAGGUCUGCGGGCCCAGUGCGCCUUGACCUGCGAGUGUCGCUCAGGGCAGGUGGCCUGCCCUAGGACCUGCCCCGUGGCCAUCGAAUGAGAUCUCCUCAGAUGAUCCCGGAGAGGUGGAAAACGUGGGAAUUCCCGGGUCAGAACUCCAAUAGAAAUGGUGAAC